CAGACGGCGAAGAGGCGGCCGGCGCGCCGCAUGCCGCCCAAACAUUCUGGAAUCAUAAAACAAUAACAUCCACAAUGAUUACUUUAAAAACUAUUUUAAUUGUUCUCUUUGUACACCUACAUGAUGCCAGGGCUAUCCGCACAGCUACUUUCCCUAUUGGGGGACUCUUCAACCGCGAGACAUUGCCGAGUUCUGUGCGGGCUUUUGAGAAUAUGAUUGAACAGAAUAGAAUGGCUACGUAUCACGGUCGAUCCCUGGACUCCAAGGUGGUGGAUAGUUACUCAACAUCCUUAGAACUGUGUCCAUUCACUUCAGACAAUCGAGGUAUCGUAGCUCUAAUAGACGCCCGCCCGACCAGCGGCAUCUGUGACACGACUUGUUUGUUGUGUAAUAGGUUAAAUAUAACCCAUUUAUCAUUGGGCUGGGAGCCUAUGGAGACGCAAGGUGAAGAUUUCUACACAUUUUCUUAUCACCCACCGCCAGAAAUAAUAUCAAAGGCUUACGCGGCGCUUAUUAAGGACCUCGGUUGGGACAAAUUUACAAUACUUUACGAAGACGAUGGCAGUUUUGUACGACUUCAAGAAGUUAUAAAUUCAUGGAAAAGUAUGGUAGAGCCAAUAAUGUUUAAGAAGUUAGAUCCUGAAGGUGACAAUCGGGAAACAUUUAAAUAUCUGUUUAAAGUGGCUCACAUGAACUACCAUGUACUGGAUUGUAAUGUCACUAAUGUACAUAAAUAUGUAGAGGAGAUCACUAAAGUUGAAAACUCUACCGAGUAUCUAAGUUUUAUUUUAGUAAACCUCGACGCUUACACACUGGAUUUUAAGAAAAUACCUGCUCUGAUGGCUAAUGUCUCUACACUGCAUUUGACCAAAGCCAACGAUGUGCGGUGGAAAGAUAAGGGAAUGGGCGAAGACAGCGCUUUAGGGCUGGAAACCGCGUUAACGGUUGAUGCGUUGAGUCACGUAGAGAAAGCAAUAAGAAGCAUGCAUAUUGAGAGCAAUUUGAUGGAGCCCCCUGCUUUAUGUUUGAGGAAUAGUAAGUCGGAAUACGAGGAGGUCGCUUGGCCGUUAGGAUAUGAUCUGCGAGAAGCUUUACGUAAGACACAAAUGAAAGGAUUUACCGGGCACAUCGAAUUUGAUGAUCAAGGAAAAAGAAUCAAUUUCAAAUUACACUUUUCUAAAUUGAACAAGGUCAGCCAAUUUAUCUAUGCGGGCGAUUGGGACUUCAAAACGAAUGUUAUCACAAAAGAGGAUGUCGACGAUCGCUCGCUCGCCUUGAAAUCCAAUUCGAAAAUACGAGUGGUGACUCGUAUAGGCAAACCAUACUUUGACGCGGUGGAAACUGAGAAUGGUACUGUAUACCGCGGCUACUGUGUUGAUCUAAUUGAUGCCAUAUUUAAAUACAUAAGGGUGGCGAAUAAAGUUGAUUUGGAUUACGAAUUUUACAUCGUUCCUGGGAACGGAUAUGGGAACCCGGUGGCCGGUACCAAGAAAUGGGAUGGAUUGAUUGGAGAGUUAUUGGAUCAUAAAGCCCACUUGGCCAUAUGUGAUCUUACUAUAACUUCGGAGAGGAACGCGGUAGUAGAUUUCUCGAUACCUUUCAUGUCUUUGGGUAUCAGUAUGCUGUUCCGCGAGGAGGAUCCCGAGGCACCUGAUAGGUUCUCCUUCAUCAAGCCUCUGUCUUUAGAUGUUUGGUUAUAUCUCGCUACUACAUACGUGAUCGUCUCGUUUGUUCUGCUGGUUUGUGCAAGGAUGUGCCAGGACGACUGGGUGAAUCCUCACCCGUGUAAUCAAAAUCCAGAAAAUCUUGAAAAUAUAUGGAGUCUUUAUAACUGCAUGUGGCUCACUAUGGGUGCUAUUAUGACUCAGGGAUGUGAUAUUUUACCAAGAGCAGCAGGUUCACGCUGGAUCACCGGCAUGUGGUGGUUCUUCGCCCUGAUCGUGACAGCGUCGUACACAGCCAACAUGUCCACCUUCCUUAGUAAUAGUCGUCGAAGCAACGCUAUCACAGACGUCAAGAAACUGUCAGAACAAAACAAGAUCAGCUAUGGAGCCGUGUACAAUGCGUCCACUUAUAAGUUUUUUGAAUCUUCGAAUGAUUCAGUCUACUCAAAAAUCUGGUCAGUAAUGAGCUCUGCAAAGCCUACUGUUUUCACCUACAGCAAUGAUGAAGGCAAAGAUCGUGUUAUAAGGAGCAAAGGAAAGUACGCAUUCUUCAUGGAAUCCACUUCCAUUGAAUACUUUGUUAAAAGAAACUGUGAAUUAAAAAUGCUCUCAUCUAAAUUGGAUUCCAAGGAAUACGGCAUCGCUAUGGCAAAGAAUUAUCCGCACAAAGGUUGGGUCGACAACGCAAUUUUAUCAUUGCAAGAAAAAGGUGAUCUUGUGAAACUUCAGAAAAAAUGGUGGGAAGAUGAAGAUAACGUUCAACACUGCGAGAAAAAUAAUAAGGAGGAAGACGACAGUGGCUCCCUACAAAUGAAAAACACGAGUGGUAUAUUUUUAGUGCUCGGCUCCGGGGGAAUCCUUGGUAUCGUCGUUGCAGUCAUAGACUUUAUGUUCCACGUUCGACAAAUUAGUGUUAAAGAACGGGUGACGUUCAUGGAGGCUUUGAAGAGUGAAUGGAACGCGUCUUUAGACCCUCGGGAGCUGCACAAGCCGGCAGCACCACCCCGCUCGGCGCCGCCGUCUACAGGCAGCCCGUCACCGCUGCGAGAUCGAGAUGAGUCCAGAGCCGUCUCUGUGUUACGAGCCGCUUCAUCUUUUAUUAAUUUUAAUGAGAUUUAUUAGCAAGA